AUGGUGUCAAAACCAUUUGCAUACGAUAGCCUGAGGAUUGUGCUACAGCAUAUAGAAGCUAAUAAAAGGUUUCAACUAGCCUCCAGAAUCCCUUCCAUUCGCCAGACCGAGAAGGCAGUUCCGUUGAAAAUCAACACCAUCAAACUGGACGACAACAAUCAUUUUGUAGUCAAUCAAGUUGAAUACAGAGUGAGCUUGUACUUUGAGAUCUAUGUACCCGAGGGUGUUCACUAUCAGAAUAUGUAUGGACAUUUUGAAGAUGACAUAGAUGAAUUUGGUUUUGUGAAAAGAUCGGGGCGCCGGACAGUACUACCCGGUGACUUAUUGAUUGGGCGACCAGGACUAGACGUAGAGGAUGAUAGGGAUGACGAAACACAAAUGCUGGAGUUGGAAAACGAGUUGAAAGAAGAGGAAGGGUGUUUACUGAAAUUUCAAAGUGCAAUUCUUCAGCUUGCUUAUUCUGAACCUGAUGAGGAAAAUAAGAAUAAGAUAAAUGGGGAGCACUUGAAUCUCCUUAAUGACCGUCUCGAUCCUUUGCAGUUUGUUGCUGAGAACAAAACUCAUCCAUGCGGUAUCAAAUUGUUGAAAGAGUCACUAACUCCGUUCUAUCGCCGUCGUGAUAAUAUUCCUCUACCGUACACUCCACUCAUUCAAAUUUCGAUAAACGGCAAGGGCAUUGAUCAAGUUCACCGUCUUCCCUAUAAUAUGAAGGUCUACGAAGCCCAAACGCGACUCGCAUUCAUUAUAUUCGGUAACCGCCCUUGUGCCAUAAAAACAGGAUCUUUGGAACAAAAGUUUUGCGAAAUAUUCCGGCUACCAGUCGGAGUGAAAUUCUACAUUCAAGAACUUCAAAUCAACGGGAACAUUACAAAAAUAUACGAAUCAAUCAAGCCGAUCAUCGAAGAAACAAGCUUCCCAUUGGCCGUGCUUCAGACAUUUCAAAAUCAUGAAGGGCAUCAGAAUUACGAUCACGAAGUAGUGAAGACAGCUCAAAAACUAGUUAUAGGAGAAUCAAAACGUUCUGUUAGAAGAGUGAACUGGUUUAAUUUGUUCACAAGUCUCAAUAACAAAAUAGUUCAUAAAAUAUUGGACGACAAGUUCUUCUCGGAAGACGACUAUGUGCGAUGUCUCACAGUACCAAUGAAAGUGGAUAGUCAAGGAAGAAUGAUUCAAAUUUCCUACGGAACAAAUGAUUAUGAGUUGGCAUCAUUGAAGCUGAAAAUCGAGGUGGUUCCAACAAAUCUGGCAUAA